AUGGAUGAUCAAGCCAUUAAGAUUCUCUCCUGGAUCUCCGAUGUUCCCCAUCAACUCCACCACGAGCACGCCAAAUUUGAUCUCGUGGAUGGGACUGGGCAAUGGAUUUUUGAAGACGAAGUUUUUUUGAACUGGAAAGACGGCCUAAACUCGUCGAUAUUAUGGCUCCAGGGAAAACCUGGGUCAGGCAAGACAAAGCUCAUGUCACUGAUGAUCGAAGACGCCCACCUCACUGCAAGGCAGAAAUGCGGUCGCCCUCCGGUAUACUUUUACUGCUCUGGGGAUGCUGCCGAACCCGCCCGCAGAGAUGCUCGUAGUAUUCUUGCGAGCAUUGCACGUCAGCUUUCUAUCUACGAUCAUACCACUCAUUGGAUUCACCAAAGCACGAUGGAAAUAUAUGUGAAGCGAGAAUCUCGUGGUUUUACGUCGCCUCAACUUGAUUUAAAUGAGCUUAAAGUACUCAUUGUAGACUUGCUUGAGAGAGCAGAUAACAAGCCCAGAACAAUCUUCAUAGACUCGCUUGAGGAAUGUGGAUCUCAAGCCAGUGGUGCGCUUCUUGUAUUCUUUGAGCACCUUCUCACGAUUUCACCAUCCCUCGUGAAGUUGUGCAUCUCAAAUUCGGACUAUCAGCAGACUAAUGGUCUGCCCAAAUAUCCAAUUGUUCAGAUUACUUCCAAGCGCAAUGCUAAGGAUAUCGAAGAGUUUGUGCGGACCAGAUCACAGGAAUUGAUAGUUGAAGGCCGACUGUUGCUAUCUGGCUCUCAAGAAACGGAAUUACAGGAGAAAAUCGUGUCGAAUUUUGUGGCUAACACAGAUGGCAUAUUCUGUUGGGCUAACCUCCAACUCCUCGAAUUGUGUCAAAAACGUACACACGCUGCGAUUCUGGACAGACUAUCUACCCGGCCACAGUCUUUGGAGGAAUUGUAUCGUGAAAUUCUUCAACGAAUCGAGACUUACAAGGAUAAGACUGAUGGGAACAUUGUUCAGAACGCCUUCAAUUGGUUGCUUUAUGGAUACGAAACACUUAAGUCGGAUGUCUUUCUCCAAGCAAUAUCAAGCCCCGUGAACUGCGACCGCAUAUCUAUCUCAAACCGGCAAUUGUUAGAUUUAUGUGCUGGCUUUGUUCUCUACGACUUUGCCCCUUGGACCCGAUUCAUAGGUUACACAUGCGCGUUUUGGGCAGAACACCUGCGCGCCUGCGCGAUUCAUGGCGACCCUCAACUUGAAGAGAUUGUGGGCAAGUUUAUGCCGAGGCAGCUGAAUAAUGACUCCACAUUCAUGCGCUGGCAUCGAAGCAUACUUGAUGGCAGACUAGGCGGUCGUUUUCUCUCAAGACCGCGUCUAAGAGCAAGGCUUGCAUCUGUUGGCACCUCGCCCCCAUCAAUUCUUGCAUUUCUUUGUGCUUUCGAUCUCGAGACAAUUCUCAGCUCUCAUCCGUACAGCAGGCUUCCAUACUCAGAACCCGAAGAUUUGGUAUUAAAGGCAUAUGAGAUAGCGGCUUGUUGCGGUAGCAAUGCCGUUAUUAAAUGGACCCUGGAACGCAAAAUCCUUAGGAUAACGGAUAACUUGCUCAAAGCCACAAGUAUCAAUGUGUUUAAUGGCGACAAGACCAUGCUUCUUUUCUUAAAAUAUUUGGAGAAAGGCUCUUCGAUAUGUGAAAAUGUCGUUGAAAUUGUGACCGAAAACAUUGACUGCGGUUGCCAAAUGAUGAAGAUCCUACUUCAAUCUCCGCAAUUAAAGGUCCAGCUCUCGCAAAACAGUCUUCUUGCUAUAUGCAGAAGUCAGAAUGGCCGAAAAUUGAUGGAAAUACUCCUCCAACAUCGUGGAAGUGACAUCAAGCUGACGGAGGAAGUCUUGCAAGAGGUGGUAGAGAAUGAGGCAUGUGGUCUUCAGUUGAUGGCCUGUCUCCUGGAGCGGAGGAAGGCCGAUAUUAUUAUCACUGAAAACACUCUUAUCUAUGCUGUAGGAAAUGAAUUUUGCGGUGAAGGCUUGAUCCGUCUGCUUUCAGAUGAGUUUGGACCGGACAUUACAAUCACCGGAGAGGUACUCUAUACUGCAGCUGGGAAUCCUACUUGUGGCGAUGAACUGAUAUCGCUGCUUCUUUCCAUGGGGCCCUCCGACUUCAGCACGGAAGACCUCUUUCAAACAGCCGCCGAAAAUGAAGGCUGUGGUGACAGGGUGAUGAAAGUGCUUCUUGAAAAAUGUCACACGGAACUGAGCAUCACAGAGGACGUUGCAAUGUCUGCAGCAGGCAAUGAAGAAUGCGGGGAACAAAUUUUCUCCGUACUCUUGGGCAAACCUGGUCCCGGGAUUCAGAUUACGGAAGACUUACUUGCUAUUAUAAUCCGAAACGACAUCAGUGGUGAGAGAAUCAUGAAACUACUUCUCAGGGGCACAGAAUCGACAAUCUCAGUCUCCAGCAAGGUGAUGCAGAUCAUUUCAGAAGGUUUCCACCAUGAGAGAUGUGAGAUAAUUCUCCUUGACGACAGGAUAGUACUUGUGAAUUAUCCAGAAAUCCUGGCAAGCGUUGCAGAAUACUUUAGUAAAGCCACUCUUGAAAGUGUUAUCAACAAACAUGGAUGUGGUUUGAGCAACGAAGAUGUUCAGCAAGUGUUAGUGGCAGCAGCUAGAAAUCGAGCCCAUGGUGACAUUAUCUUGGUAUACGCUUUGGAACGGCUUGCACCAGGAGAGGAAAUCACGGAGAAUCUUUUGAAAGCCGCCGCCGAAAAUGUGAUGCUUGGAGAUCGUAUAGUGUUGGCGCUCCACCAAAGAUACGGCCACAAUAUCAAAAUUACUGAGGACAUUCUAGCCUCAGCUGCAGGAAAUUGCGAAUGUGGCGAUCUGGUCAUGGCCAAUAUAUUGAACAUGUACCCAGACCAGGUCAAUAUCACUGAUGGCGUCUUCGAAGCCUUGGCUGAAAACGCAGUCUGUGGUGUCAGAAUAUUACAGAUCAUGCUUGAGAAGACGGCAUGCCAAGUCUAUUUGACACGGAAUGCGAUUGAGGUAAUCGCUAAUUGUAUGAACGGCACGAAUUCUGGACUCGGUAUAAAGACAAUGCAGUUGUUGCUCUCAAGAAGUAGAGUUAAGAGCGAAGCUGUGGACGAGAUACUAGUAGCUACAGCCUCCCAUCACAAAGCUUCGCCUACGGCCUUAGAUCUCCUUCUCAACCACUACGGUCGCAAUGAUAGCAUUGGUGAGGAGAUUCUUGAAGCUGCGGUUCGCAAUAUACACAAGGGCUAUGAGCUCGCGGCAUACCUUUUAGACAGAGGUACUUCUGUCACAGAAAAGGUCCUCUGCUGUGCUGCUGAAAAUGAAAGAGACAGUCAUGAAAUUUUGAAAAUUUUGCUUUCCAAGCUAGCACCUGAGUCUAGAAUACCACCAACUGUCCUAAAGGCUGCCGCUAGUAACACGGAUUCUGGUGCAUGUCUGGUGGACCUUCUGCUGUGCCAUGGAGCCAUGGAGGUUGACGAGACAGUUAUUCACGCAGCCGCAAGCAACGAGGGAUGCGGCAAGAGUGUUCUGGAGCUUCUAUUCAGACAGAGUAGAUCCAAGAUCGUGAUUACUCAGAAUAUGCUGAUAGCAGCCGCAAGUGGAAACCUGGAAAGCCUUGAAUUCCUUCUUGAUCAAUGUCAGGAUGGGUUAUGCGUUACGGGUUCCGUGUUGGAAGCUGCAGCAAUCAAUAUAUCCGAAGGUUCUCACCUUUUUUCAAAUAUUAUUUCCAAAUGCGAGAAUGAAGUCCGGUUCACCGAGGCCGUUCUCCAGGCUUGUGCCUCGAACAUUGAUCCUGGAAUAUCCACCACGAGAAUGAAGCUAAUUCUAGACGGAGGGGGCGAUGCACUCAAAAUAACUGAAAAUACUGUGUUGUGUGUUGUUAGGAAUUGGGUUUCGGGUUAUGGACUUAUGAAAUUGUUACUGCAAAAGCGAGGCAACGACGUGCGUAUAACACGAAAGGUGAUGCGCAAUAUAGCGACAAACCCGCAUGGAAAAAAGAUCAUCAAGCUACUUCUAAAAGAUCACACGGAUGGUACAAUCUCCAACAUUAGCCAAGAAGUAAUUCUGGCUGCUGCCUCCAACGGACGACUUGAAAUUCUCAAGUAUCUAUACCAGCUGGCUCCCCUCAUCCCCGUGGAUCCAAACUGGGAGCCUAUCUGUCGGCUCUACAUAGCCGCAAGGGAUGGCUACGUAGACGAAGUCAGGCGGCUCAUUCCAGAGGCAGGUCUCCUCUUUGGAUCGCGGCAUAUUACGGUCAUGCCAAAAUCGUGCAAAUUUUGGUUUGCCAAGAAGGUGUGA